AAAAACUAGUUUGCACCCACCACACUUCUUUUCAUCAUCAUUAAAAGUCCAACGUUCCUAUUUUCAAAAACCAUUAGAGCCAAUUUUUGGUUUUUGCAUACUUCACACUUUUUUCCUCUAUUUUUAGCCAAUCUCACCAUGAACAACACCCUCUAGUCUUAUCCACAUCUUCCUCUCAGAUGGGCUGCUUUCUUGGCUGCUUUGGUAUCUCUUCCAAAAGAAAACCAAGAAAACCAGCCAAUAGAGUUCAACCCGGAGACCAUCUGAGACUUGGUAGUUAUGAGCCUUUAGAUGGUAUAAUUUCUGCAAAUCUUGAUAUUAAAGAGAAGCCCGUUACUGCAGAUUCUGAAUCCAGUAAGAAGAGUAAGGAGCCGUUGAACUAUAAAAUCAGAAAGAAAGUUAGCUUUAACUUAAAUGUACAGAGUUAUGAGCCAAUUCCUAAAGUUGAAGAGGAUGAAGAAGAGAGUAGAAAUCAUUUCUGGGAGAAUGAUUAUGAUGAGAAGAAACAAAAGAUUAGCCAAGAAAAUGCAGAAGAUAGUUCCAUCACGGCGAAAAUGGCAUCUUAUCCAUCAAAUUAUAGAUACAGAAACUGCAAUGAAAGCUUUGAUGAUAGCUUUGAUGAAGAAGAUGAAAUUAGUGACAUGGAUGAUGAAGAUUACGACGAUGAUGCUAUUGAUUUAGAUGACGACGAGGGUAGUAGUGGUGACAUAGAUAAUUUGAGAGUAACCCAAGAUGAGUUUUCUGGGAAGUUCAAUUAUUUACCUUUGAGUUCAGAGAUGAGAAAGUCUGAAGAUUUGAGUCCUUUUGAUGAUGACCUGAAAUCGGUUGGAAUGAAUGGAAGAGCUCGGAAUAGGAGUUGUUAUGUUAGUCCCGUGUUGAAUCCAGUAAUAAAUCUGAGUCAAUGGAAAGCGGUGAAGGCUAAAGGAAUUUCGCAGGUAAAUCGCCAGAGAAAGGAGAAUGUAGCACCAGAGAUUGCAGUAGAUGCUAGUCUCUCAAAUUGGAUAAUUUCAACUGAUUCUUGCCAAUCGAAAACGUCUUCUAACACCGAGAGUAGUACUGAAAAUGUAUCAUCGAAGAACGGAUUUUUUCUACACAAAACAUUGUUAUAGCUAAUCUGUGAAUCAAAAGUGCAUCAGAAGUUGCUCUUGUUAUUCUUUUUUCAUGUAGCCUGCACAGGGCAAGUGUGAAAUUUUUUCAGGAUAUUGUUGUUUUGUUUGGAUUUUGUUUCUGCAAUUUUCAUUCUUUUAA